AUGGAUAAUUUGAAGCAAAUAAAUAUAGGUGGCAACGCUUUGCAUAUCUAUAAAUUAAGAAAUGAGAUUCAUUUUAUUGGCAAUUAGAAAGGAUAGGUAGAAGAACUCUUCUAUCUAAGAUUCAAUAAUCCUAUACAUGGUGUUGAGAUAUUAAAUUUUAGUAAAUGUAAAGAGAAAAUAAUGUUUUAGAAUUUAGCUUUAUACAAUACACUCUUAAUGAUUUUGGAUGAAGAGCUUUGCUGGAAAAUUCUUGGUUUCCAAAAAAAGAAUAGCAAUGAGCAAAUUAAAUCUCAAGAAAUUGUUACUAUAAUGGAGUAUAAUUCUAACUAGGAGUAUGCAAAUAAAAUAGAUUAGGUUAAAAUAAAAGGUGUCAAUUAUCUUUCUUGUGCAAGCAUUGAUCAAUCUAGCUUUUUCUGCUUGAUUUCUAAUGAAAUUAACUAAGAGAAUGUGUUUGGUUUAACAAUUUGCUUGACGUAAAAGGGAUUGAAUACUAAAUUUUCUAUACUAAACAUGAGUUCAAAAUAUCCUACUGCGUAUGAAAAAAGAAAUAUAUACUCCCACAAAAUAAUAUCUGAUUCUAUACUUGGAGAUAGUGAAAACGUACUUUAGAAAAAAAAUGAGUUCGUAUAAGUUUUUGUUGAGUAAGGAAUAGAUUUCUAGCAAAGAUCAAUUAUUUCGUUUUUAAUUGACAAGAAUACUCAUGAGCUAAUACAAGGAAAUAUCAUUAUUGAGAAUAUAAAUGAAAGACUUCUUAAUUAUUAUAUUUUGGCCUAAACAAAGUUAGUGCUUGUCUAUGAUGAAAGCAUUAAGUACUAUGAUUAAAAGUCAAAUAAAAUAGAAGUUUUAAUAGAAGGGUUGAAAAUAAAAGGAGCAAAUUAAAUCAAUGAAAAUUGUAUUUAUAUACUUGAUCAUGAAAAUCUGAGUGAACUCAAAGUUGAAACAAAUGGGAAUAUUAAAAAAAGCGAAUUAUGCAAGAUUGGAACUUAGUUAAGCGAUUAAUAUUUUAAGGAAGGAGUGCUUCUUAAUAGUAAUAACUAUUUUCUCGGAAGAUAGCAAGAUGAAAGUUUAGCGGUUUGUGAGCUUAUAUAAAAGAAAAUAGUGUCAUUAAAAUAGAUUUAUGUCAAUUAUUUUUUUUCAGUAGAAUAUGUAAAAGUUAUUCAGGAAUUAUAAUAUAAUUACAUUUAUACUUCCAAAAGAGUUACUGAAUACACCUACCAACUAGAAAAGCAUUAUCACAGUGAUUAAGCUAUAAAAAAUUGUGCUGUUUUUAAUAUUAGUAAUAAACUAGAUAGGCUUUUUUUAACAAAUUAAAUUAGUACAACUUGCUUAGACUAUAACAAUUAAAUCUACAUGAUCACUGAUGAAUGUUUGCAGACCUCUUACUUUUACUAACUGGCUAUUAAAAAUGAUAAAAAUGUGUUUAUAGACUCUAAUCCUGAAGUACCUGAAUAUUAAUUUAUAGAUAAAUCUUCAUACACAAUUUAUUUUGAUUGCAAGUAAAUCGAAUAUAAAACAAAUAAACUAGCUUUAGUAACUAUUCAGAUUUCGCAAAAUUCAAUAGUGAUAAAGAUAAAAGAUGAUUUGUAAGAAUAAAUUGUAGAAGCGAAAUUUAAUGUUUUAUUUACUGAAGAUAUUUUAUUUGAUAAUGGCUUUUUAAUCAAAGAUUCAAUUUUUUUGCAAGUUGGAGAUUAAAUUCAUAUUCUGAUUGUUAAUUUUGAGAUGAUUUUAUCAGGAGAAAAAGACAUUAAAAAAUUUAUAACUAAUCAUCUUAUCCAUAGACUAGAAAAUGAUGAAGAAAUUGAAUAAAUUUUCAAUUUAAAUAGCUAUUAAAUUAUAGGCCUUAAGCAAUUUAGUCAGAAUAAGAUAGAAAUUUAUUAGCUGAACAAAGAAAAAAAACCAUAUCUCAAAAAAAUUUAAGAGUUUAGCUUAGAUAGCCUGGAUACUAUCAUAAAAAUACAGGAAUAUUCGUUGAAACUUAACAACACAAAUUAUACUUUAAAAGAAAUUUCUUUUUAUAACAAAACCCAAAAAUUGUAUUUUUUAACAAAUGAUGAUCUUUUGCAGAAUAAAAUGAAUCCUGAAAAAGUUAGAAGCGAAAUUAAUUACUUGGACAUAGAUAAAAUGUUAGGAUUUAUAAGUAAUACUAGUGAAAGGAGUAAAAUAAAUUUUUAGAAUGUAUGGAAAGGAGGAGACAAGAUAUGUUGGGUUUAUUAAAAUAAUUACAUAAUUUACUUGAUAAGUAUUAAUAUCAAUUAAAUAAUAGAUAGUUCUAAUUUGUUAGAAAAUAUCAAAUUUGAAUACAGAAAAUUAGAAAUAGAAGAUAUUAGUGAUUCUUUUAGCUUAGUUAUUGUUAACACCUUUAUGAUAAAUUCUUCUACUCUUCUAAAUGUUUUAUUUUCUAAUAAAGACAAUUCAAUUAAGAUAUAGCCAAUGAAAAUUAUUCUUUCCAACCUCAGUAAAACAAAUUUCACAUCUAAGACCAUGAGGUUUAACUAAAAGCCUUUAGAGUUUUAAUUUAUUGAGGAUGUCUAUUCCCCUCUUUCAAUAAUUAUACUUUCUCAAUCAGAAGAAGGUCUUUACUUUAUUAAUUUGAUUAACAAAAACUUUGUAAUAGUAUCUGUGUUUUAAAUUAAUGGAUUUACUAAAAUAUAAGGAUUAUUUUACUCUGUUUAUUGUGGUAUUGUAGGUUGCUUUUAUGGUUGCGAAAAAUACAAUUUAAAUUAAAGCACAGAGGCGAUAUCAUCUUAUAAAGAAACAAAUAUUAUGACUAUAAAUUAUUAAAAAUUCCUUGAAUUUGAUCAGAAAUUUAUUUGUAACUAAGAGCAGUGGGUGAGUAACUUUUAAAAAGAUUAGCAGAAGUAGUUUCAAAAGGUAAUUAAGUAUAUAUCAAAGAGUAAUCCAAAAGAAUCUUAUGCUAAUCACCUUAAUAUUAGAGAUGAGAUAAUCCUUUAAAUUCAAUCUUUAAAAGAAACUUCUCUUUUUAUUAUUCUAGUUUAAGAUAAAAUAGUACUUGCUCACCUAUCUCAAAUUGAGAGCAAAGAAAUGGCACUUACUUUUAUUUAUAGUUUUGAAUGGGAGAAUUCUCUUUAUCAUGUGUUUAAAAAUGAAAUUCCACCAUAAGAAAUAGAUAUGCUUGAAUUUAUGAAGGACUUCAAAGAUAACAUGCAAUUCAAAGAAAUGAUUGUUAUUAAAUAUUAAUGUUUGUUAUCAUCUUCUAAUUUUGUGGUGAAAGCACAGUUAGUGGCUUUGACUGAUGAUAAUUAGUUGAAUUGGUUAUAGCUAGAUACUUCAAUUCCUACAAUAAUUUAAUCUUUAGCUAGCACAAAAAUAGAUUAAUAAGUUGAUAAGUUAAUUUGCUUUAAUGAAGAAAAUAAAUAGAUUCUUAUUUAAGUUAAUAAAUCGGACAUCCAUCAAUGCUAAUUAAUAUAAGAAGAAAGGACUGGUAGAGAUUAUUUUGAAAUAAAAUUAAUAAACGAAGUAUACUCAAAAAAUGAGUAAAUUCUUGAUGUUGCUCUAUUAAACAACUAUUCUGCUAAACACAGAAUAUACACUCUCAAAUAAGCCUCAUAAUCAUUCCAAAUAAAUAAUUAAAAUAUUGUGAUACUUAAAAGAGGAGGGCUGAUGGAAAUAUACUCUUCCAAUAAUUGGAAUGAGCAAUAAUUUUAAGGCUAUCUUUGA